AUGGCUGAAGGACCAAGCCCACUGGUAUUCCAGGGCGCGGCUGCAGCUGAGGCUGAAUCUGUGAUCGACACAGAGAAGGAACUGCAUCGCCGCAGGGCUGAACGAUUCGGCACGGACUAUGUGGAUCCCAGCAAGCGGAGUGAUCUACGCUCGGAGUUCCGCAAGCAGAAGUUCAAGAAGGAGGGAUUCAAGACGGGCUUGGACCUGUUUGAUGAGGAGGAGGUGGCACGCAUGCAAGUGAGGGCGCAACGGUUCCAGACAGAGCUGAAGCUGCCGGACUACAGGCCGGCAGAGGUGCCAGAGGACGAGGCAAAGAAGCAGCAGAGGGCUGCGCGCUUCGGCGUCGACUACGCACCCGCUGACAAGGGAGCCUUGAUGGAGAUUGAUGUGCUGGAGGAAAAGAAGGAGCACGGGUGGGACAUUCCGAGGCGGCCAGAGGCGAUCCACUUAUAUGGGGUGGACUGCAUGAGCACAGCAGACUGCCUGGCAUACUUCAGCGAUUACGGGCCCACCUUUGUGGAGUGGAUCGAUGACUCAUCCUGCAACGUGCUGUUUGAGGAUGACUACACCGCCAAGCGCGCCCUCAUCGGCCUGGGCAAACCUCUGCCGCCGGACAACUCAGCCCCUGACACUGCCGGGUUGGAUCCCACGGACAUCAAUAAUGCGCCCUUCUUGUGGCACAAGGGCGAGGACUUCAAGAAGGGCUCUACAUCUAUUCCUCUCAUGUACCGCAUGGCCACCACUGCGGACGUGAAGCCGGCGCACGGCAAGAAGUUCUCGCGGUACCUGUGGAAAAUGCCCGUCAGAAAGGCCCAGCGGCUGCAGAAAGAGGAGGUGCGGCAGAGGCAGCAGGGCACCAAUGGAGAGGAGAGUGGCGAUAUUCAGAUGAAGGGGACUAAGAGCACCAGGAAUGAGCGGAAGAAGCGGAAGCGGCAAAACAGAGACGUGGAUAUGGUUGACGCAGAGGAUAUGGAGGAGGAGGAAGGAGAAGAGGAGGAGGAGCUGCCAGAAGCCAAGGUACCAAAGGCGGACGUGGCGGAUCUGCGCGAGUUGCUGCGGCGCAAAGAAGGGCCGUCUGGGCUGUUCUCGUCCGCCGAUGCCUUCAUCCCAUUCUCAGAGGAGGAUGAGGAGGAGGAGGAGCUCCUUGAUGCAGAAGUUGAUGUGGCAGAGGCAAUUGGGGCGGAAAAGACUCUGACUGAGAGCAACGGCGGCCUGGAGAGUACUGCUGCAGGUGUUGCUGCGAGGCAUGAUGCUGGGGGACUCUGA